UAAUUCGAGAAAAAAAUGCGCAAACUCCGAGAAACGGCGACCGCGGGUCUUUGUUGUUGCGUUACAAUACGUACUUUUUCGCCCGUCACGUGUGACGGCGAAAAGGCGAGCCGCGAGGGUUGUUAUUCUAUUUCCGACGAACGAACGGAAACCGUAUCCAUAUUUCCAGUUCAAUCUGAACAACGACCAACCGAUUUUUCUUCUUUGUUGCAGAGCCUUAACGGAAGACUAUUGUUCGCCAUCAUAGCAUCGGCUUUUGGUUCGGCAUUCCAACAUGGCUACAACACUGGUGUGGUGAACGCUCCCCAAACCCUGAUCGAAACAUGGAUUGGCAGUGUGCUUUCGGACAGAAACGAUGGUAAGGCAGCAGACAAAUCGCAAGUGACAUUGAUAUGGGCCGUUGCGGUGGCCAUAUUCUGUUUCGGUGGUAUGAUUGGGGGCUUGUGUACCGGAAUCGUGGCCGAUAAGUUUGGUCGUAAGGGCGGUUUACUUGUAUCCAAUUUACUGGUCGUCAUUUCAGCUGCACUUCAAGGUGUUUCAAAGAUGUAUUCGUCGUACGAGCUUAUAAUCAUUGGACGGUUUAUUAUCGGUAUUAAUUCCGGACUUAACGCCGGAUUGACUCCUAUGUACCUGGCUGAAAUCUCUCCCAUUAAUUUACGUGGAUCCGUAGGAACUGUUUACCAGCUAGUUGUUACAAUUUCGAUAUUGAUUUCCCAAAUAUUGGGUUUGGACUACAUUUUGGGUACAGCUGAGCGUUGGCCAAUAUUGUUGGCUUUAAUUAUCAUUCCGGGCAUAUUCAUGUUCAUCACAUUGCCAUUCUGUCCAGAAUCACCAAAGUACACGCUGAUCAAUAAGAAGAAAGACAUCGAAGCCGAGAGAGGACUUCAGUGGCUCAGAGGAACGAUUGAAGUGCACGAUGAGAUGGAUGAAAUGAGAGCCGAAAACGAAGCGAUGAAAGUUAUUCCACGCGUAACUCUUCGUGAGAUGUUGUCGAACCCGAUGUUGAAAACUCCGCUAGGAAUAUCUGUUAUGAUCAUGUUGUGUCAACAAUUGUCCGGUAUCAACGCCGUCAUGUUCUUCUCUACAAAAAUCUUCAACAUGGCUGGCAUGUCUGAUGACGGAGCCAAGUACGCCACGCUCGGCAUGGGCACACUCAACGUGAUAAUGACGCUGAUUUCUCUGUUUUUGGUCGAACUUACCGGCCGUAAAACUCUAUUAAUGAUUGGAUUCUCGUCCAUGUUUGUCAUCACCGUUAUGCUUACCAUCUCUUUGAUGUUUGUUGUCGGUAAUACUAUUGUGUCUUAUUUGGCUAUCGUACUCGUUAUGGCCUUUGUCAUUGCGUUUGCUGUUGGCCCAGGAUCCAUACCGUGGUUCUUAGUGGCUGAACUAUUUAACUCGUCUGCUCGACCACUAGCUACCAGCAUAGCCGUUGGAGUCAACUGGACGGCUAACUUUGUCGUUGGCCUGGGUUUCCUACCUCUACAGGGAUUGUUGGGCUCAAACGUGUUCCUCAUAUUUGUCGUGUUGCUCGCGCUAUUCGUGUUAUACGUUUACAAAAAAGUUCCAGAAACCAAGAACAAAACGUUGGAAGAGAUUCAAAUGUUGUUCAGACAAGAAUCGUACAAAUAAUCAGGCGUGUCCUGUGUUACAAAAUAGUAAUAAUAAUAAUACUAUGACACCACCGAGUAAAAGAUUCCUCAGUCAGAAAUUAUAUACAAUACAAAUACAUAUACCUAUUAAAUAUAUAAUUAUACAUUUAUGUAUAUAUUAUAUAUAUUAUA